CCAUUAAAGGAACAGGAAGUAUUUGAAGCAAACCACCGAGGGAGUCAAGCUGGAAGAGUUUUUGUUCUUAAACUGGUGAAGAUGCUGAUUCUCGUCCUCCAACAAUGCGUGAAAAUCCUCAUCCUGCCAAUCUAUGUGCUUGCCUAUUUUGGCUUAUGGGAUCCUAUUUGUAAAAAAACCUUCCCAUUUUUCAUGAAGAAGCUGAGCAAAGGCUACAAUGUAAAACUGCACAAAGAAAAGGAGACGCUGUUCAAGAACAUGCAGGACUUCGCCGACCCCUCGGGAAAGCUCCACCUGCUAGAGAUUGGCGUGGGCACUGGCACCAACUUUCAGUUUUAUCCCCCCAACACUCGCGUGACCUGCGUGGACUACAACCCCAACUUCCAAAAUUUCCUCCUGGAGAGCAUGGCUCAGAACACGCACCUCCACUUCGAUAAUUUUGUGGUCGCCUCCGCCGAGAACUUGUCUUCUGUGCCGGACAACUCUGUGGACGCGGUGGUUUGCACGCUGGUGCUUUGCUCUAUGAACAGCCCCCAGGCUGCCUUGAAGGAGGUUCUGCGAGUGCUCAAACCGGGUGGUGCAUUCUAUUUCAUGGAACAUGUAGCAGCUGACAGAUCAACCUGGACCUACUUCUGGCAACAAGUCUGUGACCCUAGUUGGAGAUAUGUAGGAGAUGGAUGCUCCUUGUUAAAAGAGACCUGGAAAGAUUUGGAGAAUGUGGGGUUUUCUAAACUGAACUUGCAACACAUCAUAGGACCGUUGUUCCUAAGUAUAGUUCGUCCCCAUAUUUAUGGAUACGCUGUGAAGUAAUUUAAGAGAAAGCAUCUUUCUCUUAAAAAU